AUGAUUAGUACUUCUCCUAACAAUAAGUUCUCGGGAUUUAGACCUGGAUCAGUAUCCUCCUCAUCCUCCUCCGAUCAGGCCACGGGUACUGAGAGUUAUUCUUCUUCCUCUUUUCAAAAGUCUCCUUUCAUCGUGUCCUCCUCUUCCUCACCUUCAUCCUUCAUCAACAAUCAACAACCACCACCACCACCAUUCGGAAAUGGAAGAUCAGCCUCCUUUCAUCAAGUCUUCCCUUCCACUUUUUCUACUCAGAGAUGUGGUGGAGGAGUGAAUGGUACUUUGACUUCUAAUAUUAUGAAGUAUCCACAACACACAACACCACAUGGAUCUCAAGCUCAAUAUUAUUCCAACAGUAGCAACAAUAAUACCAAUAACAACAAUCAUCAAUUCAUGAACUCAAUGGAUGAUUCAAACUUGAACCACUCUCAUCAUAAUGAGAAUGUGGUUGUUGGUCAACAACCUAGAAAUCAGUUGAACAAUCAAUGGAAGUCACAACCUGAGAUGAGCUCCAGCACUUAUCAAGAGAAUUACAAGAAUCGUACUACUUUUCAACCACCACUACCACCACAACAACAGAGAGUACCUUCCAGAAAUGACAGCAGUACUCGCAGUUCUCCAUCUAUCACGGCUUCACAACCUUUUCCACCACAAGCCAAUACUUCGAUGGGUCCAUUCGGUCAGCAAACCACAAAUCAGAUGCCAAAUCAGAUGCAUCCAAGCCAGCCUCCAUUCCAAGGAAUGCAAGGAUCUCAACUUUCAUCUCAAAACUUUAUGAAAAAUCAAUCAAACAACAACAGCAAGCCAUUACCACCUCAGCAAAGUCCUCCAUUCACUAUGAAUCAUUCAACUCAGAAUGGAAAUGCUGUACCCUUUGAACCUCCAGUAGUACAAGGCAUAUCACAACCAUCGUCACAAGAGCCAAGAGGAGUUGUUACAAACAAUUUCAGUCACUUGUCAAUUCCAACCCAGCCCACAUUGUUGAAUGGUGAACAAAAAUAUAACGACCUUACGAGUGCCUACGAAAAAGAAAUUGAGAACUUGAAAAAUUACAACAACGAACUCAGAAAUUUUGUCGAUUCAGAGAAGAAUUUUAUUGAAAGAUUGAAAACUUUGAUCGAAAAAGCAGAGUAUCAACAAGCCAAUGUCGCACAGAGACAAAUGUCACAAUCCUACACCCCUCUUGAAAGUUCAUUUAUUCAACAAACAAACAAUUACCCAAAUUAUUAUAAUAGUAGUAAUCAGCACUAUACAAGUUAUGACCAACAACAGUACAAUAACAACUCAACAUCCUAUUACGACCAAGGAAAUAACUAUUCCUACCAAGGUUAUCAAUACCAACAAUAA